AUGUUUGUGCUAAAACAUUUGUUACAUUUCGGAGAUGUUCGAGAUUAUUUAAUGAUUCUAUUUGGUAUUUUUGCUGCAGCUGUUUAUGCUAUAGGUCAUUUACUAUUUGUUCGACUAUUUGGUGAAUUAGUUAGUUUAUUUGUUUCACGCGUGUCUACUGUACAAUGUUCUGAGUACGAUUUCAUCAAGCAGAUCUCAAAUAGUACUUUGGAUAAUGAGAAAUUUCAUAAGGAUGUGAAUGCAAAAGUGAUUCAACUGAUAGAUAUAUCAAUCAACAAUCUAUUCGAAAAUAUUGCUACCGUACAAUCCGGCAUCGGAUGGACAAGUUCCGUGACAUUAAGUGCGAUCAUUUUUGUUAUCGGAAGUCUUAUUCUUGCAUUGUUCACCGACUGGAAACUAACACUGAUCGUCAUUAUCGGAGAGCCACUGAGUGCGGGCGCAGCGUAUAUGUUAUCUAAAUUAACAGCACGAACAACUAUUCUAGAAUUGGAGUCUUAUGGGAGUGCAGGACAAGUUGCACAAGAAGUUCUUGCAGCUUUUCGUACAGUUACAGCAUUCAAUGCACAACACAAUGAACAAAAUCGAUAUGCAUCAAAGUUGAAGUACAAUACGAAAUACGCACUUCGGAAAGGUCUUAUCUAUGGGUGUUUUGUUGGUGUGCUCAUGAUUUUUACUUAUUGGACAACCGCACUCGGUUUUCUGGCAGGAAUAUGGCUCAAAACAACAGGAAAACAUCCCACACUUGAUAUUGGUCAAAUCGUUGUAGUCGUAACAUGUAUGACGGAAGCAUUACAGUUUUUUGGCUAUUUAGCUCCAAGUUUAAAAGCAUUUUUCGAUGCGUGUAAUGUUGCCGAUCCAAUUAUUCGAUACAUCGAAGGUACAAAUAUCGAUCACGUUGAAAUAUCAAAUGAAAAAUCUUUGAAAAGAUUGGAAGUAACUCAACCCGUUGAGAUUGUUUUUGACGAUGUUUCAUUCUCUUAUCCAAAUCGUCAGCAAGAAUUUGCAUUAAAGAAUGUUAGUUUCCAAGUAAAAGCUGGUGACACUGUCGCGCUUGUCGGCAGCUCAGGCAGUGGUAAAAGCACAUGUGUUCAAUUGUUACUUCGCUUUUACGAUACAACCAAAGGACGUAUCAAUAUCAAUGGUCAUUCAAUUGAAGAUUAUGAAAAGGAGAAUUUACGUCAAAUCAUUGGUCUUGUCAGUCAAGAACCGAUACUUUUUGCAACAUCGAUAAAAGAAAACAUCAGCCAUGGUAAAGAUAAUUCGACAUUCGACGAAAUCAUUGAAGCAGCUAAACAAGCUAAUGCGCAUGAUUUCAUCAUGAAGCUUCCACAUAAAUAUGACACAUUAGUUGGCGAGCGAGGUGUACAACUGAGUGGUGGACAACGGCAACGCAUUGCUUUAGCACGUGCUCUUAUUCGUCAACCAAGUUUACUCUUACUUGAUGAAGCAACAAGUGCACUGGAUUCGUCGAGCGAAAAACUUGUUCAAGAAGCACUUGAUCGCGCUGCUCAAGAUCGAACAACGAUUAUUAUUGCCCAUCGACUAUCAACAAUUCGCUAUGCUGAUUGGAUCAUAGUUAUGAAAGACGGUUCGAUAGUUGAACAAGGUCCACAUGACGAUCUAAUGGCAAUGAAGCAAUCUUAUUAUGAACUAGUCAACCAGCAACAAAUGAAUUUGACCACUUCCGAGACACACGAAGAAGUUAAUCAGCGGAUUGGUAAUCAAGCAUCAACGGAGAGCAACGAUGAUAUAUUGACCAAUACAGAAGAGAUUGUGACUAAAGUUCCACAGAACAAAUCGAAUUCCUUUUAUUCAUUAAUGAAAUUAUUCAAAUUGAAUGCACCUGAAUGGCCGUACCUAUUGAUUAUUUGUUUGACGGGAAUACUGUGCGGUGGAUGUUAUCCAGCUUUUGCUUACUCUCUAGCCGAAACUAUUAACUCAUUUCAAGAAUGUUCGAUUUCAGCGCAGAUGAAUCGAGUGAUUGUUUUUACCCGAAUCAUCUUCAUUCUAGGCAUUGCCAGCUGUAUACUUCGUGUCAUUCACUAUACAUGUUUGGGGCUAGUUGGAACGCGAUUAACCAACCGAAUACGAACAAAAGCGUUCGGAUGUAUGCUACGUCAAGAAGUUGGUUGGUAUGAUCAGCCUGAAAAUAAUACUGGUGCACUCUGCGGACGUCUUUCUACCGACGCACUAGCCAUUCAAUCAUUAACUAGCGCUCGACUUGGCCUACUGAUUGAAUCGUUAUCACUUUUGGUGAUUGCAUUAAUUAUCGGAUUGAUAUUUUCAUGGCAAUUGAUAUUAGUUGUCUUUGGCCUAAUUGUAUUUGAAAUGACUUUUGCUAUUCUGGAAGUUCGAAGAAAGAGCAAAGUACAAACUUUGAUUGAAACAGCAUUUGCAAAUGCUAAUGAAGUUCUGACUCAGAGUGUACGCAAUCUUCGUACAGUUUUUCAACUGAAUAGACAAGAACACAUAUUAAACGAAUUUCAGCAUAUCCUCGAUGAAAUUUACAAUAUUACACGUCUGAGUACGUAUAAAGGUGGUGUACCAUUUGCAUUAUCUUUUCCAGUUGCUACAUUGAUCUUACCGUGUCUUGCGCAGUUAGCUGUUACUCUUCUCGAUAGGAAUCUAAUCGAUGUAGAACGGAUCGUCUUAUUAUUUGCUUUCGUGCCGUUUACUUUCGAUGUCAUUCAAGUGUCGACAACAAUAUCCGCUGACUUAGCUGGAACAACAGCAGCAGCGAAUCAUAUCAAUCAAUUGUUUGAACGCAUUCCGUUAAUUGAUAAUAUGGCAACGAGUGGCAAAACAAUUGAGAAUUUUUCAGGAUCAAUUCAAUUUGAUAAUGUUACUUUUUCUUAUCCGACACGAAGAUUAGUUAAAGUACUCGACGCUUUUCAAUUGACGAUUCAACCUGGACAAAGUGUUGCUUUUGUUGGAUCAAGUGGAUGUGGUAAAUCAACAAUGGCACAGUUACUCGAACGAUUUUAUGAUAGUAGCCAAGGACGUGUUUUACUCGAUGGUCACGAUAUAAGAACAUUAAGUCUUUCAAUAGCAGAAAAUAUCUCUUACGGUUGUUUACCGAAUACAUUCGAUCGAACAGAUAUCAUCGAUGCAGCUAAACGAGCGCAUUGCCACAAGUUUAUCGAACUGUUACCUCAAAGUUAUGAUACGCUUGUUGGUGUGAAUGGUGCAUUUUUCUCUGGAGGUCAAAAGCAACGCAUAGCGAUAGCUCGAGCUCUGUUUCGGAAACCGAAAAUUUUGAUUCUGGAUGAAGCUACGAGUGCAUUAGAUCUGGUGGAAGAAUCAUUGAAUGCCGCCAGACAAGACGAUCCAUCUCGAACUGUGAUUGUCGUCGCUCAUCGUUUAUCAACUAUUCAGUCGUGUGACCUUAUUUGCGUUCUUGGUCCGAAUGGACGCUUCUUAGAAAGUGGUACACACAACGAAUUAAUGGCACGUGGUGAUGCAUAUUACAGAUUUGUACACGAUCACGUGACAUGA